GUCACUAGAACUGUUGCGCGUUAGCAACGGUCAAGUGGGGUCCAAAGCAAGGCCGGCUGACCUGCUGGACGUCAGAUUGUUUGAGAGACCCCCUGACAGUUGCAUUGUAGCGUUGGAAGAGACAAGACGUGGGACAACACAAUAAUGGGUGUCGUAUGCUCGGUACCUCGGCUCAAGUUUAGAAACAGAAGUGGAUCAGACCUCCGUCUCAGCCAAACCAUGAAGCAGACAGACUACUACAAGCCUCCGUUGUCGGACUUCAAUCCGCAUGAGGUGAAAUCGCCGCGCAUCUACGACGCCGCACCCUCGCCACCCCCGCAGACGUACGAGAAAUCAGGAUAUAUACACGACAUCAAGAAGGCUCCAGACUACGAAGUCCAUCCCAGCUCAAAAGCGGCCGUUGGUGGAGUUAAUAGGAGAGUCAAAAAGACAGAAUCAGCCAGGCAGACAAGACCCCAAUCAUGGCACAACCCUGACGGCAGUCAGACGUCGAAAGAUCCUGGCUUCAAACCUUCCCAAAAUCCUGUAGCCCAGACCCUGCCCCGGACAGCCCCUCAACUACCCCCUCACCAACAGACUGGAUCCCGACUGGGCCCCUCACCUUCAAUGGAUAGCCUAACAGGAAUGCACAAGAGGCCGCUGACUCAUGUCAGCACCCACUCCAUGAGUAACCUGGGUGAUUUCAAGAAUCCGACAGAGCGGGAUUCUGGAUAUGUCAAGAGGCGGGCCUCAGAGUACGAUUACAUCACCUCCAGCAAUUGCGAGCUCAAUAGCAUGGGAAAAGACAAAGACUUUUACUUUGUCAGCGGUGAUAAGAGAGGACCGCUCACGUCUGUCAAUCCCAAUUUGAGGGAUGUCAAAUUGCAGCCAGCUGAGACAUACCCCCAAGUUGCUAUUGCAACACAGUUGAAAUCACAGUUGAAAUCAGCUCAACAAAAAGCUUUCAUUGGCCGCGUGCCAGAUACCAUUACGACUCCUGAAUCACCGCCCCAGACUUACAGCUCUUCCCAAGUCGUAGUACAUAUGCCGCAACGCCAGUUAGCAAGGACAGUUGAGGUGACCAACUCGCAGCAGUGGAGGCCAGAUUCACUAAUAUCUCCCACUUCAGGACAUCCCGUGUACCGAGCCACCACCAGAAUGUCCCCGUCGCCUACGCCGAGUGAAAAACGGGAACCUCCAACACCACCCCAACGUGGUGAUUCAAGAAAUAGAACUCAGCAGAUGAAUGAUCAUAGGCGCAGCAAUAACAAUGGCCUUCCAAGGUCUGUAGUGUCACCCACAGACAUUCCUCAGCUCGGCCCUAAGCAAGAACAAUCAAGACCCAACCACAGGAAAAGUCAUUCAAUGACCGGAGAGCCAGAAUCGUACACCUAUGGUGGAGGACUCCUUCCAUCCAACUUUUCCUCCUCCACAGUGUCACCAGGACAUGGAGAAACUGUUGGAGCAAGGACAUUCCCAGGAAAGGCCAAGAAUGUUGAUUGCCUGUACACCGCAGUGCCUUUGUAUGUGGAUCCUGGAUCUGAUGAUCCUGAUGCGGAUUUCUUUCCCAGAUCAAGUCCCCAGAAUAUACCAGAGAAGCAGCAAAGCUCCGAGUAUCGGCCACAGAGUUCUCCCCCCACCAGAGACGUUGUGGACAGCAUCACUAAGGAUUCUGAUCCUCUUGUUUCAGCAUUGGAGAUGUAUAUGCGGACAGUGGUUGACCAAGAGGAACAGCUGCAGGGAAUUAAUCCAGAAGAUUCAUCAACAGGGUCGGAAUCCCCUGUCCACCAUCCACGCUCUACACUUUACAGUGAUAAUGACAGGCAGCACAGUCAGACUCUGCCCACGUAUGUAGCAAGGAACGAAGAGCCUGAGAGCAGAACUUCAGUUUCCUCCAUGGAUUCCCACUCCAGUAACAGCCACCGGGUGCGGUCUCCCACGAAUCGCUUGUCUUCAGACGAAGAAGAGAACAACAGAAAGAACAGCCAACUCGGGAGUGUAAGCCACCGCAGUUGGAAGAAUCCCAAUGACUUCUCCAGCAAGAAAGCAGUGAGUGAUUCUGAGAAGCAAUGGCACAAGAUAGUGUUAUCUGUUGAGCCCAAGUUGUACGAUAAGUAUCCAAACUCUGAGGUAUCAACCGACCCGAAAAGCGAAGGGCACGUGAGAACUGCCAGUCAGAUUGAUGAGAAGCUCAUCCACGGAAAUGCUCCUGGGAUACGCUCUCCUAUAAGCCCACUUAUGAUGGAGGCUGUCACAUCAAUCGAACCUCCAAAGACUGAAACAAUGACCGAAGCCCAGCAGAAGGACUUCAAAUUCCUGAAGACUGAAGGACGAGAUAGCGGAUAUGAGGUAGAUUCUGAAAACCCCAUCCGGUCCCAGCAGGAAUCUCCUGUCCAAACUAUAACUGAGCCUUUUUCAACAGAUGACUGGAUGAAGAUGCACGCUGCGGAAUCGACAGGGGGCACCUCGAUACUCUCUCAGCUGCAAAAGGAGACUCCCUAUAAUCAGCGGUACACAAAUGGUGAGCCAAUAAUGAAGUCAACAGUCAACCAUGAGACCAAGGUGGAAAUCAAGAUUGACAGACCUUAUGGCAGUCCCACUAAUGAAAGGAGCAGGAAGUCGCCAACCAGAUCAGAUACAAGUACUACCCAGGCCAGGAACUCGAGACCCCAGCCUUUCUGUCCACCAAAGAGCAGAGAUGACUUCAUGAAGGACAUGAAGAGUCCAACCAGUCAGGCCUCUAACGAUGAAAGGAGUACCUUCUUUGGGAGCCAGCCACAGCUGAGCAGACCAUCAGGUAGUGACAAAUCCAGCCGUCACUACCACAGCAGCUCUCUGGAUCUAGACACUAAAGCAACUGGUGCUCAGCUCCUCACCCAAUCCAGCUUCCCUCCUUGGAGGCCACCAGAAGCAAGUGACGAUUCCGUAUCCAAUGUGUCACACACAAGGAGUCAUUCCUACAGUGGAGGGGGCUACCCAAGCUAUUCAGGACCAUCUGAGCCGCGAUUCAGCCGAAUCGAUGAAGAGCAAGGUGGAGAGUCAUCCGAGUCAGCUUCCAGUUCGCACCCGACUAUCAGACCUGAACAGAGAUCAGUCAGUGGUUCUUUCAGAUCACAAGGAAGCUAUGGAGGUGACACCAAAGGUCACAGACAUGGCACUUCUGAUCCAAAUAGUGGUGAUCCUCCAACCCGACAGGCAUCACUUGAAUCAAGGGGAAAGUACCCACAAGGAGACACUGACUAUUGGCACAGUAAAUCUAAAUCAGACUCUGAGCGGCAUCGUAGGAGGUCAGCAACUGACCAGUCGCAUAAGAAUUCAGAUCCUGGUGGUGCUUACAGCAAAUCACAUAUCAAAGAAGCUUUGGCUGGAUUUUAUGUGAGUAAGAGAGGUCCCAUGCGUUCAGAGGGGAGUGACUUUGGGUCCAAUCAGGGCACAAUCUCUGGUUACGAAUCCAUGGUGUCUCUGGAUCAAUCAUCUCUGUAUUCCUCAUUGUCCUCACUGCACGGGAGGCAGGGCUGGGGUAUGGACACCGGUGGACACUCACAGGAGUCAUCAUUCUCCAGCCAGAUCUCACAUGGCCACAGAGACUCCGGGAUUGUGUCUCCAUCUGAGUCCUCAUGGUGCCCACCUUCCCCCAACACAUCUCCACCUGGCGCAAUGGACCACAGACUGCGAACUCAGCACAGGACCUUGGGACAAGACUACAACCACCAACGUGCUGCCAGUGAUAGCGUCCAGCGUACUGGAAGAGGCCGCGACACAAAUAGCCUCGGAAGAAGCUCUCGCUCCAUGUCUGACGAAAACCGGCCAGCAAAGAAUUUGGGCCGCUCGCCCUCCAUGAACCAUCCCAGCAGGCCACGGCCCCAGAGCUACCACGAAGAAUUCAAAAGCCGAGAUGGCCCUGGGAGGGGCUUGAGCCGGACUGAGACGUUCUCCUUGGGCCAGGGACGCAGUGGGACUCCCGCCAGACACGCCCCCAGUUCUUCAGCAACUUUGCCAGCUGGGGGCUAUCACAGCAAUGGUGUUAGACCAUACUAUCAGUCCCAACCCAUCAAAGCAGGGUCUCCUAGUGCCAAAAGCCAGAGGUCGCCAGAGACUGAGAACGUUGAUGACAUGCCUCCUGAGCUACCCCCUAAGCAGGUGACACACAAAUCUUACAAGAUCAAGGAAGCUCACCUGAAGACGAUAGCCAAGGUGGAUUCCAGACACCUGCAGGAGGAAGAGACAGGGAGCCGGACUCGUGACAGUGAACGGGAGAGGAAGAACUCAGCACCGGCUCGGUCCGUCUUCAGCUUCUCGCCUACCCACAUGGAACAGCACAGGUACCCAUCUCCGAAGACAUCCCCUACCUUAUCAAGCAAGGACUCGUCGCCAACCACUCAAGCCCCAACGAGACCAAGAACGAGGACUUCUCCCAGCAUCUCCACGACUGUUCACGACACAUCGCCAGCCCAACUGGCCAAGGCAAGGUCCUCGCCUACCCUAGGCCACAAGGAGGCUUCGCCGACCCAUCAAGUGACCACAAGACCAAGAACGAAGACUUCUCCCUUGCCUGUCAGCAAGGAGACGUCCGUGACUCGCCAAGCGGUACAGAAGAACAGGUCCUCUCCUCCCCCGUCGUCCGGCAAGGAGAGGUCCCCAACUCACACAGCAGAACGGAGGAACAGGUCCCCUCCCUUGCCGCCCAGCAAGGAAGCAUCCCCGACCCACCCGGCGGAAUCCAGAACUAGGAUCUCACCGACUCCGUCUACCACAUCCUCGACUCAGUCAUCUACACCGAGAGCAAGGACCUCCCCUCCCCCGCUUACCAGAAAGGAUUCACCUCCUACCUAUCAAUCCCCACCCGCACUGCGGCCGAGGACCGACAGCUUUGUCUUGCCCCCUCCUCCAACCCCUCCUGCUGUGCCUGUUCCGGAGGACGUGGAGCUACCGUCACCCCCUCCAGAGGUACUUCUAGACUACCCCAUCACCCAGCAGGAGGACAAGCCAGUGUUUGAAGAGCAAGUUCCCAGGAGGAAUGAGUUCUCAACCCAUGCUGCAGUAAGCCUUCCACAGUCGCAACCAGGCCACGCCUCUCCCUCUGCCUCACCUCGCACAUCCAGCCCUGACUCGCCGGUAUCGGCUGAGGCAAGGCUGCAAGCAUUCACUGAACCUCCCAUCGACCCAGAGGUCAGGCCGAGGUCGGAGACACCCAAGAGUGAGGUCACACUGUCCCCGAUCAUCGACUCGCGUGCUGAGGAAACGGCACCUGAUAGCAGCGUCGACGUCCCUGAUAGCAGAGUAGACAGGAGUGGAACGCCAUCGCCACAAUCACGAUUCAGCCCCGUCAACCGGCGGCCCGCACUUGACCUGGGCCUGGACGAUGAAGCCAAGCCCAUCGAGGUUAUUGAGAUCGUCCACACCCCAACCCUCUCGCCAAAGCGCGGCCAGCGUGACCCGCCAGGGGAUGCCCAGGAACACUCCGAGGAUCCACUAGUUGACUGGGUCCUGAACUCGGUCAACCCCCAGGACUCUGCUCUCAGAGAGUUGUACAAGUUCCCCGAAGAGCCCCUCAUGCUGGGCUCACUGGCUGACAGGAGGAUGCCACAGGAGAAGAAGGAAGAGGCACAGACGCCUAAGAGAUCUGAGUGCGAUGUCAAGUCGCUGACUCACGCCCUGUCCAGCUCCAUGUAUCUCCAGAUAUCGCCAGCCAAGGCCUUGCUACUGACACGAGCCAAGAGCAUCAGUAGUAGCGACCUGCUCCGGGGAGACAGCAAAGAGCUUCAGAAAACUAAGGAGGAGCUUAUCAGCCGAUUGGCCCAGAAAGUCGAUCUGAGAAAGGAGAAAGAAGAACUCCUGAAGGAGAUCAGCAUCAUCGAAGACCUUGGCAGGCAAGUCACAGAGAAUGUGAGGAAAUCCUGCAAGCCCAGCUCCUUGGACAAGUACCUGAUGUACGUGGGCGACGCGGACCGGGUCACUAAGCUGCUUCUCUCGCUGUCCCGCCGUCUGGCCAAGGUGAACAGCGUGUUGAACAGCCUGGAAGGCAUUGACGAGGAAGAACAAAAGCCCGAUCUUCAGAAGAUGCACAAAGAUUUGACCAGCAAGUACGCGGACGCCGAGGGGCUGAAGAAGAGCAUCGACGCCCGGCACGUCCAGAUCAGCAGCAUGCUGCAGGACCACCUCAGUGCCGAGGAGUACGAGGACUUCUGCUACUUUAUGCUCCAUCGACCCAAGCUCCGCAUCAUGGCCCAGGAGCUGGACGACCGGAUAUCAUUGGGCGAUGAGCAGCUGCAGGCGCUCAAGGACAGUCUGAAGGGGGAGGCUUGCCAGGCCGAGGGCUCGCUGUGUGGUGCUGCCCAGGCUAGCUGAUCACACUGAUGGUGGUUUCGGCGGUUACGCUUGCCCGGUUGGGAUCGGCUGCCCUUGUGACUUGCUAGAGAAACUGAUUGUGCAUCUGAGAUGAUUCUGCGAAAACCUGACACUUUGAGUUACAUUUGCAAGACUACUGUGACAGGCGGCACUUUGCUGUUGAAAUAUACCUUGGUCUGAAUGUCACGAUACGAGGCAGACAGAAAUGCACAUGCGGAGUCACUGUGUGGUGUGGAAUGGUUAUCAGUGGGUCUGCCGUUUGCGGACUGGCCUCUCGAAUGAUGAGAUUCUGUCGUGGCAAAACAAACGCUAGCAAAGCAUCAACUGAGCCGCCUGGAUGCAUACUUUUUUUGGCAUUGUAGAUAUUCCAUUGCGGGCGUCAGACAAAAUAUUGCUGUGAACAUUUAUCAUUCCAAAAAUGUGCGGUGCUCGGAGGCAGUACUGAACAAAUAUUACAAUGCUGCUCUUUGUUACUUAAUGUGAUUGACCGUAAUUAAGUAAAGCGCCCUCUGGUGGCACUUGACUGCAAGGCGAACACCUAAACUACUUUCUGCUUGACAAUUAGCGUGAGUGGCAUAUGUAGCUUUUACAGUAAAACUUUAUAAAUGUUGAUAUAAAAAAAACAAAGUUGAUAAGGUGUGAUUAAAAAAAAAUGGGUAAAAUUCCCCCAUUGCUCUAGAGGCGCUUUAGAUGAUGAUUGUAUUUUGUAAGUGUGUGCAAAGUGUGUCAAAGCCUUGCCAAUUUUUUUUUUCUCAAACUUUUGCACAAAAAAAAAAAUCGCUUUUUUUAGGUUCUACUUAUCUGGUGCCUGAAGACCGUCGUGUUUCUCUUAACGUCGUGUUUCUCUGUUGCUUAACUGCUCUCAUGCUGUUCCGGGCAUUGUGUGAUUUUGGGUGGCUUUUUUUUUUUUUUUUUUUUUUUUCACUCUGUGUUGCAUGUUGCUAAGAAGCAAUUUUGUACAAGUUUGUCUGUUCAGCUCUUGUGCCAAGCACUGCACUUCUAAUGCAACAUCAGAAAGUACCACGGAUAGAUACCUAAUUUGUAGAUUAUCACUAGUUUUGUUGAUGCUUCUUACCGCUGUCAUAUUUCAUUCUAAAUCACUGUAAAUUUCGAUGUUGCAAACGUUCAUCAAGAAUCAUAUUUAUGUGAAAUACUAGCAGACCGCAUUGGAUAUGCGGUUAAUUUGAUUUUGUGUUGUUGCCUGAAACGCUUGUAGAUAAAAUUUCACUUUUUUGGACUGUAUAUUAUUGAUGAAGGUAUCGCUCGCCUUUCGGUAUGUAUAUUAGCAUGUAUAUCUGCGUUAACGUGUUCCGUGCGUCGUCCGUAAUCAUAUCCCUUUGGCCAUUUUACAGGAAUUUUGUGAACAGGGUGUGUCUGUGUGUGUGUGCAUUAUGUGAUAAUCAUUCCUCGCUUCGUGUAUAUGGGCAUGCAUAUCCUCUUUUCUGUUAGCUUAACUUUAAGGUUGCUAAGACAAAUUUGCUGGCACCAAAAAAAAACCCACAUACCAGCCAAAACGGUCUCGGCUGACAUGCAUUUGUUAAGCAAUUUUGAUUUCUCCUGGGUUAAUUUUUUUACAGAGUCAGUAGGGAUGGAAAUCUGCUUAUACACAAUAUAACUGUUUUACUAAAUCAUUAAUAAACUCAUAAAACAAAUUUUGGCUUGGUAAUCCAUUCAAGUUACAUAGUAAGUAAAAGCUUUUUGUGCUUGGGGAAUUUGAGAUAAGCAGGUUUUAAAUUUUUUUUUCCCUCAGCACCACUGUCGCAGUCACCAUUAUCUGCUUACAGGUUCAAGGAGGCUUAGCAUGAAUAAUGUGCUAAGUUGUAAAAUACAUUUCUAUGAUGUUAAUACAAAAGUUUCAAAUCAUUGCUUUCAUGAAUGUUUUUCAAAAGCAUGUUCACCAUACUAAAAAAAGGAAUGGUACAUUUUAAGAGAGUUAAAUGUUCCCUAAAUCCCUGAAUGAUUGUUAGUAUACAAGAUUCUGCACGUUUACUUUAAGGAAAUUUUGUAUUUAUUCCUAUAAUAGGCUAUGCACCAAAAUUCCUUCUUCUUUUUUAAGAGGCUGACCCAACACAUUUGCUUUCUCACUCUUUUUAAACUAAAAUUCGUAAAAAAAAAAUUAAAUUGAAACUUUUUUACACUAGAGGUUUGCAAAUAAGAAUCGUAAAUGUAUUUUAAUGAGUAAUUUAUUCUCAACAUUAAGUAUAGAAAUCACAACCAAAGAUUACUUAUCUUGCAAUUGCUAAAACUUUUAAUGUUUUUUUUUUAUAUAAGACCUAAACUUUGAAGGAAAAAAAAAGAUCAAUGACAUAAUGAUGCUUUGGAUUAAAAUCACAUAUGGAUGUAUAUAACUAGUGUUUAUAUUUAAAAUAUAAGUGAUUUUUUUUCGGUUUGAAUCAGUAGAACAGACAAACUUGGGGAGUUUUUUCCCUGCAUUUUUAAAACAAUUCAAAUAUAGGUGCUCUUGCCACAUAAAACGGCCGUAGUACGAGAUAAAUGUGACAUCCUUGUCAAUACAGUGUUGACUGUGAAUAUACGUUACUUUUUGUUCGACGUUACUUUUUGUUUUACAAUUAUUUUAAGCAGUACUGUAUCUUUCCGAUUGGAACUGAAAACCUGAUCUGUGAUAAUAUGUGAAAAUCGGGAACAAAUGUGGGAAGAUACCUUUCAGUGGGGACAAAAAGGGAAAAUUGAAAGGUUUUUGAAAGCUGUUCACUGGUACUCAUGUUGGUACUCAUGUUCACUGGUACCUUGUUUACCCAACAUGUACCAGUUUCAUGUAUUGGAAUGAACUUUUAAGUGCCAAAUAUCUAUUUCAUUUUUCUUAAGAUUCUAAACUUGCAAUCCAAUUUCCAUCUAAUUAAUGACGAUUUUAAGAUUGAGGUUACUUUACACCAACGGGUUUGCCUCUGGCUUUUGUUUAAUCCAGGCUCUGGGUUUACGAUAUUUAAUCAUCCCCCGAAUUUGAAGACUCUGGAUCAAUCUGUGUAUAUGUCAAUAUUUCUGCAUUUGAAAUGUCAAAUCCAAUAGUUUUAGGCCGUGAAAUGUUAUCAAAGUAACAUUUGGCUUGAUUUAUUAAAAUUUUCUAAAUGAUUCUGGAGCCAGAUAAUAGCAGAGCCAGAGACAAAACCGUGGCUUGUUAAAGAGUCUUUUCAUUAAAAAAAAGUUUCUUUAAUCACGUUGACAACAUAAAAUGGCUUUACGUGUACAUGCAACUACUUUUGUUCUCUAGAUUGGCGAUUAAUUGAUCUUUUUUCCCCCUAAGUUAUUAGUUUCAAGUUGAAUGCCACCAUGAACAAUGUAACUUUCUUGAUAUGGUGCAAUAGACAAAAAAAAUGUUAAAUUUUUUUUUUGAGGGAUUGAAAGAUAUAUGAGUAAACUGCACACACUUGACUAGUAGUUGUCAUUAGAAAAUAGAUAUAAAACAGUUAUACAACACAAUCAGUGUAUGGUAUUGAGGCUGUGUGUCGAGUCUGGAUGCCGUAAACUUCGUCAGAUACCCUUUGCUUUUUGAGAUAAAACCUAGGAUUUUCUUCUUUUCAUUGACGUGGAUUUUUUAACGCAAAAGUCUCAAUGUUUUAAAAGAUUGUAAUUUCAUAGCUGGCUUUAUAUUUAUUAAAGCUUGCUGACACUGAUGUAGCUCAGUUUUAGUAUUUAAGAUAAUUAGAAAAUGUGAGAGCUAUCCAAAAUUCAGAAAGCUUUUUGUAAGGAAAAAGGGGGUAAGUUUAAACUUAGGGAAAGACUUUGAAAUAAUAUCACUGUACUGAAUUUUCCGGUACAAGUACUGUAAAUAUCAUUUCCCAAAAUUGUAUAUUUUUGUGAAUAGGAAAACAAAGCAAAACGAAAAAAACACUUAUGAAGUGUCAUAAUAACAAUUUUUUAAUUAUUAAAUACAUGAAGUAGUUUUGAAGAGGAAAAACGUAAAUCACAGAAAUGGUAACUUUGAUAGAUUUGGGGCAGUUUUUGAGGGAAACUUUGCUGUUUAUUGCUACCUGUUAUUACAUAAAUAGCGUGUAGUAUAUAUAACAAAACACUUUGGAAUUUGUUUUUGUUGAAGCGUUGUGCUUUUAUUAUGGGAUAGAUCCAGUGUUGGGCUGAGCCGGGCACCAGUUAAAAAGGCAGCCGGUUCUGGACGCAGUGCUUAUUACCCUUUGUGCAGUUUUACGCCUAGUAAUGAUUUUUGAGUUUACAAAUAAAGAACUAAAAGAGCUAGGUUGAUAUAUACGAA